GAAAGCACGCUUGAUAAGCAUGUUUGGUUACCGCAACAGUGAAAGGACUUAGAAACAGACAACAGCGAGUCUUUUAGCAGCAAUGGAGAAAGUCCCUAUUGUGAAGGAUGUGUUGCGUCUCUAUGAAGAGGGCAAGGCCACAAGAGAUCCGAGGACAAAGGACCUUUUCAUGUUGUACGAUAACCCUGUAUAUAUCUGGAUAGUAACUAUUGUGUAUAUUUUAUUUGUGACUGUUAUUGGGCCGCGCUUUAUGAGAAACCGCCCUGCCUACAGCUUUCCACGAUUUCUUGUGGUGUACAAUAGUAUUCUUGUAAUAUGGUCCACAUAUAUGUUUGUGGAGAUUAUGGCCAGUGCAAUCUACGCAGAUUAUUGGAAAGAAAAUGGAUUUUUGUGUUGUGUGUAUAACCAAGACACCCCCAAAAACCCAAAGGAAGAGAGGAUGGCUAAAAUAAUACACAUGUUUUUCGUGUCAAAGAUUGUGGAGUUAGGAGACUCAGUUCUAAUGGUUCUCAGAAAGAAACAGGACCAGAUAACCUUUUUACAUGUGUACCACCAUAGUUCCAUAGUUAAUAUAUACUGGUGGGUCACCACCUAUAUACCAGGAGGCCAAUCUUGGUUUUGUAGUUCACUGAAUGCAUUUGUACACAUCAUUAUGUAUGCAUACUAUGCACUAGCAGCCAUUCCGUCUAUGAGAGGGAAGUUAUGGUGGAAAAAAUACAUAACUAGAUUACAGCUGAUUCAAUUUGUGCUGAUAUUUUUCCACACUAUCCAGACCACCAUUACAGGGUGUGACUUUCCACUCUGGAGUCACAUACUUCUUAGUAGCUACAUGAUCUCUAUGAUGGUUCUAUUUGGAAACUUUUAUGUACAAGCAUAUAUCAAGAAGGCCAGAGCCAGCCAUAAAAAGACUGACCAAAUUCAAAAUGGAGUCACAAAAAAUGGCAGUGUGCACCAAAGCAAUGGCAUAAAUGGUCACUCAAAUGGUCACACAAAAGUUGAUUGAUGCAGUUAGACAAUAUUAUAGUUUAUUUUCUAGUAAAUAUAUUUUAGGAAUUAAAAUGUAUUUUGUAUAUUACCUAAUUUUACUUGAUGCUUGAUUGUCUUGUUUUUGUUAGCUAUUAUGAAAAUUUUCAUUUUAUUUUUGCUGAUUACGAUCUUGUACUGUUCUGACAAUCUUUUGUUGAUAUUGUCAUUAAUGUUACAGACCAUAAUGUUGAAGGUGCAGUGUUGUAAUUUUGUAUAGAUCAAGUGCAACAUGAACAAAUAUUUCUCAAACACUUUAAUAUAGUCAUUUUAUAUUUGUUGUUGCUCUGUUUUGUUAAAUUGCUCAUCACCAAUCUUCAUAUGUGUUUCAUAAUACAUAUCAUGCAAGGGUAAUUUAUGCUGAAAAUAGAUUGCAGCCAAAAUUAUAGAGAGUUAUAUUUUUUAUGUAAUACUUCAUGAUACUUAGACAUUCUAUCAUCCUGUCAGUGUAAUGAUGUGUGCAAUUUGGUUGUAAUGUGCCAUGAAGGCUUUGUAGAUGUAUACCAGUAUAGUUUCAGUGCAAUUAGAAAUAAAUGUACAUAUACAUAUAGUAUGGUGCAUAUAUAUUAGUAAAUUUGCAGUCACCAAAAAAAAAAAAUCAGUUGUACAGAAUUAUUCACCUCACAUAAUUUUUUUUAAUGAAGAUUUUUUGAAAAAGGUAAUUUUACCCUGUAAUUUUUGUUUGUGUGUGUUUUUUUAAUGUAAGAAUAUAUUUGUAGACACAGACUAUAUUGUUUUUUAUCUUCCCAAAAAGUGCUAAUGCAUAUAAUUUAGUGUAAUUUGGAAUACAGUUAAUUUUGAUUGUCAUCUGAUUUUAGGGGAUAUUAUUACAACAUUUUGAAAACUGAAAAAAAUUGGGUUGACAUUUUCUUUUCUAUGAACAGCAUCAAUGUCUGUUAUGUAUUUUUGUAAUUCUUUUAGAUAUACUUACAUUGAAAUGUGUUUGAUAUAAUACCUCCCUAGUAUUGUAGCCGUGUUAUGCAUAUGAGCAAAAAAUUUAAUUUUCUAUUUUGGUCAUAAUUUGUAGCCUUUAUUUUUUUCAUCCUAAAUUUUAUUUUGCAGAAUUAAAUAUUGCUGUCACAAUUUACCAUUUCAAAUUUAUAUUUACAGCAUAAAAUAACUCCUUUAGUGCAGCUCCAAUCCUUAAAAAAAAUUCUUGAGAACUUAGGAGGUUAUUCCUCAAUAUUUCUUAUAUUUGAAUACAUUUGAGUUAUUUAUUUCAUUACCAAAAAAAAAAAAAAAUCAAAGGCAAAGACAGUUGAAAAAAAAAAUUGUUUGAAAUUGCAAUACUCUUACUUUCCAUAAAGCUACAUUCUGGUAAUGCUGUAUUGCUUAAAUCUGACCUGUUGAUACUUGAAUAAGCUUUGAAUUGAAUCAUUAUACAUGUACAAUUGCAGUGUGCGGUAGACACAAACAUUUUGGUUUUUAUUGUUAUAUGUUUCAUUGUGAUAUGUCAAUAGCUCAUCCACAUUUUCAGAAGAAUAUAUGAAUAGGGAGUUACUACCUGCUGUUCAAUCUAUUUCAGUAAAUACUUUGUCUCAAGUCAGUUAUUAAUUUGAUGAAUGUGUCUUAUUUAUAUUUUAUGAAAAAGUUCCUUUUUAAAAAAAAAAAGAAAGAAAGAAAAUAUGUGUACAUGCCUGUUCAAUCUGUGAAACUUUCUUGCAAUAUGAUUUA